AUGAUUUUACGUUUUGUUGAUGAAAGUGGUCAAAUUAAAGAAAGACUAGUAGCUUUGGAAGUAGUUGAUGAUUCAUCAGGUCGUGGUAUGUUUAAUUUAUUUUGUAAUAUUUGUACAAAGUAUGGAUUAAAUUGGAAAUCAGAUCUAAUUGCUCAAUCAUAUGACGGUGCAGCAUCUAUGCAGGGGCAGUAUUCUGGUGUUCGCAGAUUGGUACAACAACAUAAUCCAAGGGCGAUUUAUGUAUGGUGUUUUUCUCACGUAUUGAAUUUAGUCGUUGUUGAUACGUGUGAUAGUUGUAGAGAAGUACGGAAUUUUUUUGGAACUGUUCAAUCUUUAAAAGAAUUUAUGAGAGCUCGUAAGCGUACUGCCCUUUUUUUAGAGCAUCAAAAAAAGUUUUACCCUGAUAAGAGACCUUUAAGAAUGAAAACUUUUUCCACCACCCGCUGGACUUCACAUCAUCGGUCACUGUUUGUAAUUUUUGAGAAGUUCAAGGCUAUUGUUGCAACUCUCGAAGAUUUGUCAGAAUCAAUUGAUCGAAUGUGUAGUUCAACAGCUAGUAAUUUACUUAGGAAUGUCACUUCUUUUAGUUUUGUUACUGUUUUGUUUUUAAUGAAUAAAAUUUUUGAUAUAACUACUCCAUUAUCAACAUAUUUACAAACUCCGUCAAAUGAUUACAUUCAAGCAUUAACAAUGGUUGAUAUUGCUGAGAAAAGAUUAUUAAAAUUGAGAACACAAGAAUCAGUUGUUACUAUUUUACAAGAAUCUAAAGAGUUUUCAGUUAAAAAUGAACUUCAUGAAGUAGAAUUUCCUGAAAUUAGGCAAAGGAAAAGGAAGAGAAUGGAUGAUGAGAAUACUUCUGAUGAAAUUACAAACAGUGCAAUAGAUUACUUUAGAACAAAUGUUUAUUUUUUAUGUGUUGACCAAAUUAUGGCAUCUUUAACCAUACGAUUUAAAGAUGCUAGAGAAAUUCUGAAAGAUUUAGCAUUUUUAUCAUACGAGAGAUUGUUAAAAGUAAGCAAUGGAGAUAUAGUGCCUAAUGAUACCUUUGACUCCCUUAAAACCUGGAUUCCUGAAAUAGAUAAAGAUUCAAUUGCGAUAGAAUAUAGAAAUUUUGCUAUGAGUUUUGAGAAAUUACAAUCAGGUAUAUGUCCAAAAAAACUUACAUGA